AUGUCCUCAGGUGUAUUGGUCAAUUCAGAAUGUCAAACUGUAUUUCAGCAACUUUCGGAAGGAAAGCAUCAUAAACUGCGUUAUAUCAUUUACAAAAUUGAGGACAAAGAAGUUGUAGUAGAAGCAGCUGUUUCACCCGAUGAACUUGGUGUAACAGAUGAUGAUCAUGACGAAAAUUCGAAAACAGCAUAUGAAGCGUUCGUACAAGAUUUAAGAGAACGGACGAAUGGUUUUAAAGAUUGUCGUUAUGCUGUUUUCGAUUUCAAGUUUUCAUGCAAUCGACCCGGCGCCGGUACUUCUAAAAUGGACAAAAUUGUUUUCAUUCAGCUAUGUCCCGAUGGUGCACCAAUCAAGAAGAAAAUGGUUUACGCUUCAUCCGCUUCUGCAAUCAAGUCAUCGUUAGGAACUGCUAAAAUUCUGCAAUUUCAAGUUUCCGAUGAUUCCGAAAUCGCUCACAAGGAGCUUUUGUCCAAGCUGAGUGAAAAAUACCGCGACAAUUAA